AUGUACUCCAUUCGCAUAAAGAAUGGGCGUGGCCUUCGUCUUCCGCCGGGUCCAAAGCCAGUACCAAUCCUAGGCAAUGUCCAUGAACUGCCUUCCCUGCAUCAGGAGAGAACAUUUGCCGCCUGGGGAACACAAUAUGGUGACCUCGUCUUUACCCGGCUGUUCCAAACUCCAGCCCUUGUUUUGAAUUCAUUGCAGGCAGCACAGGACCUGCUGGACAAGAAAAGUGCAAAGUACUCGCAUCGACCACGCUUCAUUCUCUUGGAGGAACUGAUGGGUUGGGAUGUCGUGACGCACAUGACCUACGGGGAACGAUUUCGAAGGCAACGGAAAUGGAUGCGUGACACGCUUGAAGACAAAAGCUCACUUAUGAGCUAUCGUUCGCUGCAGAAGCGGGAGUCCUACAUACUUCUCUCCGGGCUGUUCGAAACGCCGGAGUCUUUCAUGUCGCACAUAAAAAGAUUUGCGGCGGCAUUGAUCAUGGAAAUUGCCUAUGGACACACUGUCAGGUCAUUGGACGACACGUACAUUCAGAUCGCGGACAGGGCAACUACCGAGACAGUCGAAGCCGGGACCCCGGGUUCAAUGCUGGUGGACUUCUUUCCAUGGUUAAGAUACAUCCCGGCAUGGAUGCCCGGCGGCAAGUUCAAGAAAGACGCAGCUCGAAUCAGCGUGCUUGUAAGGAGGUUGCUCGACACCCCGUACGACAUGGUGAAGAGCGCUAUGGCAGCGGGCACUGCGUUUCCUUCGUUCACUUCAGUUCUUCUCGAGCAAACUCAGAACAGCGGAGGGACGUCCCCGCAGGAUGAAGCUGACAUCAAAGGCGCAGCCGGUGCCUUGUAUGGAGCUGGAAGCGACACUACCAUAGGUGUCCUUGCGACGUUCAUCUUGACCAUGGUGUUGUAUCCAGACGUAUACAAAAAGGCCCAAGAUGAGAUGGAUCGAGUAAUCAAAAAAGGCAAUCUUCCAGACUUCGAGGACCGGGAAUCGCUGCCGUAUUUGGAGUGCGUCUUGAGUGAGGUACUACGAUGGAAUUGCCCUGUCCCUUUGGGAAUCCCGCACAAAGUUAUGGUAGACGACGAAUAUCGUGGAUAUGACAUUCCAGGGGGAACCAUGGUCAUCCCAAAUAUCUGGUCGAUGACGAAAGACAAGGAGAACUAUCCUGAUCCAGACGCUUUCCGACCGGAACGUUUCGAGGAGAUGGACGGCCAAACGGCGGAACAGCGUGAUCCGCGCAAGUUCGUGUUCGGGUUUGGUCGGCGGAGGUGUCCGGGUCAAAAAUUUGCCGACCAGAGCUUAUGGAUUGCAAUGGCGAACAUGAUCGCGACUCUGGACAUCGGCAAGACCGUGGACGUCACAGGCCGCAAUAUCACGCCUGAAGCUUCAUUCGAUCCUGGAUUCGUUAGUCACCCUACGUCGUUCAAAUGCGCGAUACGACCCCGCUCGAGGAAAGUAGUCGACCUGGUGAAUCAGAUGCGUGCUGGCAUGGCAACCUAG